AUGCCAGGAACAGUCGUCAUUACAGGAGCCAACGGCUCUCUAGCACUUGGCUUCGUCGAGGCUCUUCUAUCUGGGUAUCCCCAACACACACUCAUUGCUACCGUCCGAAACGCAUCGCCAGAAAAAGACCCCAACACCGCAGAGCUUAUGAAAAUCAUCUCCAAGUACCCGAAAUCUCAGGUCAUAGUGGAGGUUCUUGAUCUCGGUCAGCUUGCUAGCGUGCGCAACUUUGCACAAAGAUUAGCUGGACAGGUUCUUUCAAAGAAGAUCCCCCGAAUCUCAGCCAUAGUUUGCAAUGCUGCUACCUUGUCCCUGGAAGCUGGACAGAAGUUCACAUCUGACGGUUACGAGGCAACCUUCCAAGUCUGCCAUUUGUCGCACUAUCUGUUGGUCCUGAAGCUACUUGAGAGCAUGAACCCGACAUCGGGGCGCAUCGUGAUGCUGGGAUCAAUCACUCAUUAUCCAGAGAAAUCAAAUCCGGUAUCAUCACUGAGCCCAUGCUUUCCUGAGAAUCUUGAAGAACUGGUCAAGCCAACGCCUGAUCCUCAAUCACUCGUCCACGAUAGGGGAUUCCAAAGAUAUGGAACAGCAAAGCUCGCAAACGUGACAUUUGCUCUUGAUCUCAACGAAAGGCUGAAGAGGGACCCCAGACUUUCAAACGUGACUGUGACAGCCAUGGACCCCGGUGGCCUUCCAGCUUCAAGAGCUCAAGCAGAGCAGAAGAAAUCUACCAAGCGAAUUAUGGCAACAAUCAAAAUUCUGAUGCCAAUUCUCAAGCACGUGACGACGGCGUUUCGAACAACUGAAGAUGCAGGCCGAGAACUUGUCACGGUCAGCGUCGAUCCCACAUUCCAGGGGAAGAGGGGCUAUCUUGUAGGCCAAAAAGAAGACACCCCAGCAGCAGUUAGCAAAAAUGUCAAAAUGCAGGAAAACCUUUGGGCGGCGUGUUGGAGAUGGUCUGGAAUGAAGCCGGAAGAAACGAUUCUGCAAGAUUAUGCUCGUGGACUUUGA